AUGGAGCCUGACGAGAAUGCCGAUUUUGUUGACGAAGGCUAUGCCAGCACUUCGGCAAACACCAGCUACGUGACAAGUAUAGCAACCGAGAUCCGUGAAGGGAUUGAAGAGUACGGCCGACGGUGGGCAUCUUAUGGGAGACACUUUUACGGUCUUCCCAUCGACGACGAGGAACAGAAUCGCAAUGACCUCCAACAUUACAAGUUCUUCCUCCUCUAUGAGGGCCGCCUGCAUCUCGCUCCCAUCGAUCCCGACCCUCAGAACAUCCUGGACCUGGGUACUGGAAGUGGGAUCUGGGCCAUUGAGACUGCUGACCUGUAUCCCACGGCACGAGUCAUUGGCGUUGAUAUUGCGGCUGUCCAGUCAGACUGGGUGCCGCCAAACUGCCACUUCGAGAUUCUCGAUGUCGAGACGGACUGGGAUUUCCCGAAGAACACGUUCGACUUGAUCCAUGCCAGGGAGUUUCUUUUCGCCAUCAGAGACUGGCCGACCCUCAUAUCGCAAGCAUAUGAACAUCUCAGGCCGGGCGGGUAUUUCGAGCUCGCGGUCACGGUCCCCGAGGUCGGCUGUGAUGACGGCAGUUGUCCACCCGAUUCGACCUACACUGAGAUGGGCAAACUCUUCUUCAGGAUCGCACAAGCAAUGGGCAUCGACGGUAAUGCCUGUAAGUUAUGGAGGCAACAGUUGCUAGACUGUGGCUUCGAGGAUGUCCAGCAGACCGUCUUCAAAAUCCCGACGAAUCGAUGGCCGAAAGACCGAAGGUUGAAAACAAUCGGGGCGCUCGAGGUCGGGAACUUCUUCCAGUAUGCGCAGGCUGGGUUUGAGAGAGGUGCUGUUGCUCUGCUUGGAAUGGAUCCCGCGGAGCUUCAGGUCAUGCUCGCCCGAACGAGGAAGGAGAUCCUGGAUCGAAACAUCCACACUUAUGUGCAUUUCUACAACGUGUAUGGCCGGAAGCCGGGGCCACCGGGAUAG